AGAGAGACAUCGUGCGACCAGGCUUCCCUCUGCCAGUCCUCAGCUGUGAAGCGAAUGUAACGGACCCACUGACGUUAACACCACCAUCACACUGUUUUUUCUGAGUGUUCCCUCUCCCUCUCUCGUUCUGCAGUGUCCACACAGGCCGUGAAGAUGCACCGGUACCGUCCUGCCCAGGGAUUGACGUCGUUUUUGCCGGUCGCUUUGUGGAUUUCCUGUCAUGUCAACGGUGCGCACGGAGCUUUGCCAACAACCCGUGUACAAGCACACAAGAAAGAAAUGGACAAUGACCAAGAGCGCAAAGGAUGCAGAAGUGAAAGGGACAGAAGGACACAGAGGAGAGAAGUGUGAUGAAGCUCUAGCCUCUCCUCUGCCUCACACAGCCUUCACCAGCUCAACUGUUUUCUCCAGCGGAUACACACCCGGAUAUGCCAAGCUCAACAAAAGAGGAGGUGCUGGUGGAUGGUCACCUCUGGACAGUGACCAUUACCAGUGGCUACAGGUGGACCUGGGUUCCAGAAAGCAAGUGAGUGCCAUUGCAACGCAAGGCCGCUACAGCAGCUCUGAUUGGAUGACCCGGUACCGUCUCCUAUACAGCGACACAGGAAGGAACUGGAAACCAUAUCACCAAGAUGGCAACAUCUGGGCCUUCUCUGGGAACUCUAAUUCUGAGAGCGUGGUCCGCCAUGACUUGCAGCAGGGAAUCGUGGCUCGCUUCCUGAGGUUUGUCCCGCUAGACUGGAGCGAGGAGGGGCGGAUUGGUCUGCGCAUAGAAGUCUAUGGCUGCUCCUACUGGGCAGAUAUAAUCAACUUUGAUGGACAGGGAGUAAUCUCAUAUCGUUUUAAGGUGAAGAAAAUGAAGAUCAUUAAGGAUGUGAUUGCCCUGAGGUUCAAGACAUCAGAAAGCGAGGGUGUGAUUCUCCACGGGGAGGGCCAGCAGGGAGAUUACAUCACCCUGGAGCUUCGCAAGGCCAAGCUGCUGUUGCAGAUAAACCUAGGCAGUAACCAGUAUGGUUCUAUCCUGGGUCACACCUCUGUGACUACUGGCAGCCUGUUGGAUGACAACCACUGGCACUCAGUGGUGAUUGAACGGUACCGUCGUAAUGUCAACUUCACCCUAGACAGGCAUAUGCAGCACUUCAGGACCAAUGGAGAGUUUGACCACCUUGAUCUGGACUAUGAGUUGAGUUUUGGGGGUAUGCCGUACAGUGGGAAGCCAGUGGGAGGAGGAAGGAAGAAUUUUAAAGGCUGCAUGGAGAGUAUCAACUACAAUGGAGACAACAUAACAGACCUGGCCCGCCGAAAGAAGCUUGACACCUCCAGCUUUCGUAACCUGACAUUCUCCUGCGUGGAAACCCACACCUUCCCAGUCUUUUUCAAUGCCACCAGCUUCCUGCAGCUGCCAGGUCGAGCCAGUCACAAUACAUUAUCUGUGGGAUUUCAGUUUCGUACAUGGAACUCAAACGGGCUCCUCCUAUUCAGCAAUCUUGAUGAUGGCACACUUGAGAUCUCCCUUGAUGAUGGCAAGAUUGUAGUUCAUAUCAAUGUGUGGACAGCGACCAGAAACAACCGGGUAGACUUAUCAUCAGGUUCAGGCCUCAAUGAUGGACAAUGGCAUGCUGUGCGUUUGAUUGCCAAGGAGAACUUUGCCAUACUGACAAUAGAUGGCGACGAGUUGUCUGCUGUACGCUCCACUUCACCUCUCACCAUCACCACGGGAGGAACGUAUCACUUGGGAGGGUAUUUUCUCCAGACACUGUCACCGCCCUCCCAGCAUUCCUUCCAGGGCUGCAUGCAGGCAAUCCUGGUGGAUGACCAACCUGCUGAUUUGCAUGCAGUGGAAAAGGGCACUGCGGGAGCUUUUGAGAAUGUCAGCCUGGACAUGUGUGCAAUCAUAGACAGGUGUAUGCCUAACCACUGUGAACACGGAGGCCGGUGUAGACAGACAUGGGAGAGUUUCAGCUGUACCUGUGAUGGUAGAGGAUACACUGGAGCCACGUGUCACACAUCUAUCUAUGAGCCAUCAUGUGAAGCCUAUAAGCAUUUGGGCAGAUCUUCUGAUACCUACUGGAUUGACCCUGAUGGCAGUGGACCCCUCAGCCCUUUCAAAGUCAACUGUAACAUGACAGAGGACAAAGUAUGGACAACAGUUAUGAACAAUCUGCCACCCAAAACUGCAGUGAGCGGCUCCAGCAGAGAGAAACGCACUGUCCUACAAGUCAACUACAGUGCUUCUAUGGACCAGGUGACAGCCAUCACCACCAGUGCAGAAUACUGUGAGCAGCAAAUUGCCUACAGCUGUCAAAAGUCCAGACUGCUCAACACUCCAGAUGGGACCCCCUACACGUGGUGGGUGGGCCGAGGCAGCGAGAAGCACUUCUACUGGGGGGGCUCGGGGCCUGGCAUCCAGAAGUGUGCUUGUGGCAUUGACAGGAAUUGCACUGACCCCAAGUAUGACUGCAACUGUGACGCCGACCUUCCUCAAUGGAGAGACGAUUCUGGUCUCUUGGUUUAUAAGGAACACCUGCCAGUCAGUCAGGUUGCCGUCGGUGACACCAGCAGACCGGGCUCUUUGGCCAAGCUGACCGUUGGACCUCUCCGCUGCCAGGGAGAUAAUAGCUACUGGAAUGCUGCAUCAUUCACCACCCCGUCAUCCUACCUACACUUUGCCACCUUCCAGGGUGAGACCAGCGCUGACAUAUCCUUCUACUUCAAGACCAGUGCACCCUAUGGCGUCUUUCUAGAAAACCUGGGCAACACUGACUUCAUUCGAUUGGAGCUCAAAUCUCCCCAGGUGGUGUCCUUCUCCUUCGAUGUUGGAAAUGGACCUGUGGAGUUAACAGUGCAUUCAGCAACACCCCUCAAUGACGACCAGUGGCAUCGUGUGAUGGCUGAGCGUAACGUGAAAGAGGCGGUCCUUCAGUUGGAUCAGACUUACCGGUCAUCUCAGCUUGCUCCUGCACAGGGGCACACACGGCUAGAGCUGUUCAGCCAGCUCUACGUGGGGAAACCAGCCUCGCUCACCUGCCAAGACAGUGCAGCAGGAGGGCAGAGGGGCUUCCUAGGCUGUAUUCGAGCCUUACGAAUGAACGCCAUCACCCUUGACCUGGAGGAGAGAGCCAAGGUAACACCUGGGGUCAAGCCUGGUUGCCAAGGUCACUGCACCAGCUUUGGGAUGUAUUGCCAGAAUGGAGGGAAGUGUGUGGAGAAAUAUAAUGGCUACUUAUGCGACUGCACCGAUACUGCCUACAAUGGCCCAUUCUGCACCAAAGAUGUUGGGGGUUUCUUUGAGGCAGGAACGUUGGUCAAGUACAACUUCAUACCAGAAGCAGUUGCAGGAGACAGCAGAGACACGAAGAUCCCAAUGCACCAAGUGACACAACGUGAAGUGAAUCUUACAAAGGAGGAACUGUCCUUUAGUUUCAGCACAUCCAGUGCUCCAGCUAUUCUGAUGUAUGUCAGCUCCAAGUCACAGGACUAUCUGGCUGUGGUUUUAAGGCAGAAUGGUUCAAUGCAAGUGCAAUAUAACCUGGGAGGUCUGAAAGAACCAUUUGCUGUAGAUGUGGACCAGCGUAACCUGGCCAACGGACAGCCUCAUAGCAUCAGUGUGUCCCGCAUCAACAGAAGCAUCACCAUCCAGUUGGAUCAUUACCCUCCGGUCAGCUACACCCUCCCAGACGCCUCAGACACACAGUUUAACCUCGUCAAGACACUGUUCUUGGGCAAAGUCUAUGAAAUUGGAUCCAUAGACCCCGUCCGCAUCGAGCGUUACAACACUCCAGGCUUCAUUGGGUGUUUGUCGCAGGUGCAGUUCAAUGGAAUCGCCCCCCUCAAGUCUGCACUGAGAAUAGCCGCACAAACCCAGGCCACACCGACAGCCAAUCAGUCGGACAGACAACCCGUAGCCCUCUCACCGGUGUCUUACCAGGGCAAAUUGGUGGAGUCCAACUGUGGGGCAUCACCACUCACCAUCCCACCAAUGUCUGCUGCAACAGAUCCCUGGCAUCUGGACAACACAGAUGCAGAGUUCCCCUUUAAUGAGGAGAGAGUGAUUCCUGAUGGAGUCAACAGAGACUCAGCCAUCAUUGGAGGUAUCAUCGCCGUAGUGAUCUUCACUAUCCUAUGCACUCUGGUGUUCCUCAUCCGCUACAUGUUCCGUCACAAAGGCACCUAUCACACCAACGAGGCCAAGGGCAGCGGGGAGUCUGCUGGAGAGUCAAUGGACACAGCCAUUAUUGGAACAGAUAACCCAGAAACCAUUGACGAAUCAAAGAAGGAGUGGUUCAUCUAGCAGCCGGUGAUGGGAGUUUGCAGGACGAUGCAAUUCGUUAGACCACUAGUUGCCACAGAGGUGGAGGAGGCUUUAUUCAAUGACCCGUUGUUGUGGGAAAGAUAGAAGAACAGCCAUUCACGAGGACAAUAAUCUCCCAAAAAGGGCCGGGAUGUGGGAAAGACAUGUACAAAAGUAUUUUUGGUUUGUUUGUUUGUUUUUUAUAUAUAUCCAGAGUAUUAGAAAGAGAAGAUGAACAGUUAUUCAGCGGAGCACAGCUAUAAGAGACUGUAUAUGUAUAUACUAGCUGGCGUGUCCUUCUUUGUAUCGUGCUUGGGAGUUUCCAGGAGUCCUUUGAAUACUGUAUAUGACAAAUAAUUAUACUUACCAGGUUGUGUGAUAGCACAGAUUUGUCGCCAGUCUCUGUUGCGUUUUAUUUUUUAACAAAAAUCUUCUAUCAAAAAUGAUAAAUUCAACAUGCCAAACCAUUUUUUAUUCAUCAGGCUUUGGUUGCAGCAGACUCUUAACAUUCAUAUCUGUCAGAUAACAUCCCACUGAUAUUAUGGAAAUGCAGAGCUGAAUACCAGCUGAUGGUAGAUUUCACUGUGUAAAAUACUUAGAUUUAUUCAGAGUCCAAUACAUAAAACUAUUGAGAAUGUUCAAAUCUAUAUUACAAUGAUAUCAUAAAUCUGUCCAUUAUAUAUGUGUGAUAUAUAGAGUUUUAUGUUUAAAUCCAAUGACAUUAGACAGUAUGGGGCAGUCCUUUCUGAGGUAGGGCACAGAGGGGAUUCUCAGAGCAUGAUGGGAAGUCAUAAAACUCCACGGUUGGUUUGAGCUCAGCAUGGCAGCUUCCUUUUCAUUUCAGUGAAACCGUGAGCCUUUACUCAUUCAGACUUGAGAGGUCAUUUGCCAAACACUUAC